CAUAACUAUUGUGAUUCACGGGAAAGAUUACGCGAAAACUUCCUGUUCGUGGAAAAGCCCACAUUUUGAAAGAAAGUGCAUGAAACAAUGAAUGUUGAUUGUAGUACAGGCAGUAGCUUGUCUUUUAUGUCUUAAUUUGGUCACGAAAAGAUCAUCAAUUAAGAAAAAAUUGACGUAACUCGUCGGUCUACUUUUUCCAUAAAAAGAUGGCUACGGACGUUGGUAGCGAAUACAGGUCACUACUUAGACACACAUCUGACGAUGGACUGCAUAAUCAAUCGGAAAGGAAUGUUGGCCGUCUGAGAUGCCUUGUCAUUGAAACUGUUGUGUUCUUGUUUUUUGUCGCUCAUGGGAUUGCUAUUCCUAUUAACGUGUUCUACGCUCACAGUCGUCUCCAGACUCAGCGACAUGGUAAAAAUUACACCUGUGAACUAUUCGGAAACCACACGUCAGUUUCGAACGACACAAAAGGAGAGCAAGAUGAAAUGACGCAAUUUAUGAUGUAUAAUAAAGUAGUUAACGUCAUUGGAAUCAUCCCUGCAAUAUUCUUUGGACCCAUCGUGGACAAAGUCGGAAGAAAAGUGGGCAUUUUGAUACCAACGAUAGGUAUAUUAGGUAAAGCCAUCUUCUUUUACCUAUUUAUAAGUCUCGAUUUAAGUAUGUAUUAUCUUUUGAUUGGUUGCGGAAUUGAAAACAUCUCUGGUGGAUAUGCAGUGAUGUUACUUUCGUGUUUCGGGAUCAUAGCAGACAUAACGCCCCCAGGAAAGGUGAGAACGUAUCGUAUAGCAGUUAUAGAAGCUUUACAAGCCGUCACCACAUCGGUAGCUAUAGUUACAACAGGAUUCUGGAUUCAAAACCACGACUUCAGAAACCCCAUGAUUCUGUCUGCUGCAGCAAGUGUCUGUCUUCUGUGUCUGGUGCUGACCGUUGUUCCAGAAACCUUGGAGAUAACUUCGGGAUUAACGUGCUCCCCGGGUUUGUUUCUACGUUGCUGUUCCGUGUAUAUGAAGAGUAAGUACUUCAAGGAAAGAAGAUGGAUGAUGGUGGCCGCGCUCGUCUGUUUUAUUCUAACUGUAUCUGUAAACUUUACCAAAUCCAAUAUCCAGCAGAUGGUUUUAAUGUAUGCCCCGUUCUGUUGGGGUGAGGUCAAAUUAACUCUUUACGUGUCCGCUGGAUUAAUAGUCUGCUGGUUUGCGAUUUUAGUUGUCUCCAAGUUAUUACAAACACUCUUCAAUUUACAGGACUUAUCAUUGGGCAUCGUUGGCUGUAUCUCCUCUAUUGCCUCGCUCUUCAUUUUCUCGUUUGCUUCAACAGACACGUUUGCCUAUGCAGCGACAGGAGCAGGAGUGUUUAUUAGAUUGAUCAUACCCAUGAUUAGAUCUUUUUCAUCUCGACAUGUUUUAUUGAAAGAACAAGGAGCCCUGUUUGCUGGUUUUGCAGCUGUUGAAGUAGUAACAGCAGCGGUGGCAGGAAGUCUUUCUGAUUACAUUUAUUCCAAAACCUUUUCCUUUUUUAGAGGUUUUAUCUUUGUCUGUAUGGCGGUAUUUAUGAUCGUAACGCUGGGCCUCUUAGUAUUGUUAAGAGUUAAAACAAAGGACGAAGUGGCAUCGGGAUAUCGAAGACUACCAGAAGAUGAGUGUCCGUAUGAAAGAAUAAACUAGCGAAACCUCCGACAGCCGAGAAGCAAAAGCAUUUAGAAACUGGAUUAUAUUUCAUCUUUGAUAACUUUUUUUUAUCAGUAUUCUUGAAUGAAAACAAAUAAUUUUAUAAUGGUAAUGGUCAACCAGUCCGCAAUUAUGAAAAAAACAAAACAACAAAAAACACCGUCACUGUUAAUGGACAAACUGCAUUUAUUAAUCGCCCGGGUGAUCGACUGCCAUUUAUUUGUUCAAGUUCUUGACGGUUAUUGAUAUAAAUUCAGUCGAAAUUCCGAAUAUUUAGACGAAAGGCGCAACGUCACCUUGUUUUCGCUUGACUACACCAUGAUAAGGUGUUUAUGCUUUAAAUGGUGUAAAUUGCUUUAAAACUUUCUUGGCGUAGGGCCAAAUCAAUUUGCAUUUCACGGUCUUUACUUAUAUAAUAAUAUAAUAUUGCAUUUUGUAGAUCUGAUCGUCACGAGAUUAUUUAAAUUAUUGUCUAUGUAUUGCUUUUAUAUGUAUUAUAAUUUAUUAUUUUAUAUGAAAAAUAUUCUCAUAUCACAAUUUUUUUGAUCUUCUGAGGAUUGUUUUAAUUAAAAUCUAUAU